CCUGAGGUGAGCACUUGACCAUCGCAUGUGUUGCAGUGUGUCUCUCUCGUUUUCUACGUUUCAAACCAUUGCAGUCUGUUCAGAGGAACCUCAACAUUCACCUUAAAGCAAAAAUUCGGACAAACCUACAGUAUGGCGAGUGGUGAGGACCCCUUUGGGUGUCUGAAGUUGUCCUCUCAGGAGUGCCUGAUUUCUCAGGACCGUAGAACGGUCUGUCCGAAGUGUCAGCUCUCAAGAAAGUACUUCUGUUACACAUGCUACGUACUAGUGGCUGAGUUGGAGGGAAAGGUGCCCAAAGUUAAGUUGCCCUUCAAGGUAGACAUCAUCAAGCACCCUAAGGAGGUAGACGGGAAAAGCACGGCCGCUCAUGCUGCCAUUCUGGCUCCCGAUGACGUCACCAUCUACACCUAUCCCAUCAUUCCAGAGUUCUCCGAUCCAAGCAAGGUGGUGAUUGUUUUCCCUGGGUUAAAUGCUCUCUCAUUGGAGGAUCUCAGCAAAAAGCAACGAGGACUACCAAAGAGUCAAGACAAACCCCAAAACAUCAAGAAACCACAGGCAACAAGUAAAGAAACCAAGGACGGCAGUACAGAAAAUGGCAGAGAAGAACAACAGAAAGAAACAGUUAAGAAAGAAAGCGAAGAUGUUCAAGAGCCCCCGUUGAAAAGACAGCGCACGGAAGGACAACAGUCUACGCCAUUUGAACGUGUAAUCUUCAUAGACAGUACGUGGAACCAAACACAUCGGAUUUUCAAUGAUGAACGACUCAAAGGUCUCCAGUGUGUUAUUCUAAAGGACCACGUGACUCACUUCUGGAGACACCAGCGCAACAAGCCCGACACAUUCCUGGCAACAGUGGAAGCCAUCUACUACUUCUUACGCGAGUAUCAUGAUAUCUUCGAGGGUGUGACGUAUGACGGGAGAUUUGACAACCUCCUCUACUUCUUCUCCUUCAUGUUCCAGAUUGUACAGAAAAGCAAGCAGGAAAAGGGCAGACUCAAGGAGGAAAAAGAUCCUUAAUUUUUAAGUUAUACUUCUGCAAUGGUCAUUGUGAAGCAAGUUUAAACUGUAGUUUCCAACUGCUACACAAGAAAUUCCAGAUUGUACAGAAAAGCAAGCAGGAAAAAGGCAGACUUAAGGAGGAAAAAGAUCCUUAAGUUUUAAGUUAUACUUCUGCAAUGGUCAUUGUGAAGCAAGUUUAAACUGUAGUUUCCAACUGCUACACAAGAAAUUCCAGAUUGUACAGAAAAGCAAGCAGGAAAAAGGCAGACUUAAGGAGGGAAAAGAUCCUUAAUUUUUAAGUUAUACUUCUGCGUUGCUCUAAGUCAUUGUGAAGCAAGUUUAAACUGUAAUUUCCAGCCGUUACACAAGAAAUUCCAGAUUGUACAGAAAAGCAAGCAGGAAAAGGGAAGACUCAAGGAAGAAAAAGAUUCUUAAUUUUUAAGAUAUACAUCUGCACAGGUGCUAAUGUUCAUCUCUUAUUACAUGUAAUCUAAUAUUAAGAUCUUUAAUUUUUAAGUUAGACAACUGUACAGGCACUUAGAAGUUAAUCUGCUCCAGUUUUUAGUAGUGAGACCUUUGACAGAAUUCCCUCCCACAUAUAAUGUCAUAUGUUG